UCUCGCACGUUGCCGACCAUCUCAAUUUUCACCGCCUGAGCUGGAGAUGGAAUCAUCGAGGAUCCCGAGAAUGCGAAUCCCGGUCCAUCUAACACCUCGAGCUCUUCCAACGAUCUCUGGAGACGGCGCAGACAGUCCGGAACAGCGCAGUUGAACCAAGCUUUUUCAGGGUGCUACCUCCGUGCCUCCUCGGUGCAAGCGCAGCCAUUGGCAUUGGGAAUCAGGAGGAAAAUAAGCUUUGCCGCGGACAUCGGCGUGAGGCUGGCGAGACGGCGCCUUUUCUGCGUUUGAGGGGUCCCACAGUGUCGUCAUCACACCAGCUACCAAAGUACCGGCGCUACUGGCAGUUGGCUCAUUGCUGGUUCCUGGCUUGUCGAGAUGAACCGUUUUUGCCCUAUGGUGUUUUCCAGUGAUACGGCAAUUCGUCUACCGGUACACACAUUGGAAGGUCCGCUAUCGUGCCCCCACAAUCAGCACAUUCUCGAGCCGCCACAUGAACACAGGGCUUCUCAGAUACGCCGUUUGCCGCUUCUCAUCUUCUAGAACCUGUGGGAGAGAUGCUUCAUGCGGGGAGGGUGGACCGGCCGGCCAUGAACUCCGUCUGCGACAUGCAGGAGCAAGGACGGCCUAGGGCUUGCAGAGGGGUCCUGGCCUUGACAGCACACCGUGUGAAGAUAGCCCGAAGUCCUUGAGACCCUGCGGCAUUGGGUAAUGGAAGCUAGUGUUUUGGACCGGUGCUGGUUACUCACGAAAUCUGGGGAGAGCUCUUUCCGGGCCGUUGGGUGAAUAGCUGCUCAUCUGAUGAUACUGGCCAGCCAGCAACAGCCAUCGGGAUAACCAUCGGGGUAUUCUCCUCGGUGGCGAUGGGACGUCCCUGCCGGUGUUCCCGCGCCUCAAUUCGUUCACCGAGAUCGGCCGGAGCAUGAACGGCAUGGUAGGGAUGUGCUUGCCGUUGCCUGACUCGAGCUUGGAACUGAGGUUUGACGCUUUCUUUUAAAGUUUCUCUCUUUUCCCUGCUUCCCCAGCAGUUCGGCUCUCCAUCCAAUCCGGAACACAUUUUGGGAACUGGCUUUGUGUCAAUGGUGCUUGUCCUGGUCAUUUUUCUGUUCAACAAUUUUUGACCUGCAUCACUCGUUCAUAAAGUCCAUCUCCCCACGGACUUCGGUUCUUCUCUCUUCACUCUUCACCCAUCCAUCCGCCACUUCGCCAUCCCCACAUCGCCCUACCUGGCACUACCCUGGCCCAUCACGCCACGCUCCUGUCGAAUUUCAACAGCUUCAGCAGGCCGGUCAUUUACCUAGUGUUGGGACGACAGGCUUUUUCAACAUGACGGAAAUCACUCCAAGCACGGGCGUGAGCCUUACCGAGAAGGAGAAGGCCGGUAUCGAGAGAACCGGCUCCGGCCAUGCCUCUUCCAUGGAGGGUGACGUCCGCGCCAACAGGGGCGCCGCCGACUACGACUUUGAGAGACAGAAGCUGGCAGAGGGUGAGGCCGCUUUCCACCAGCUUGGAUGGAAACGCCUGACGGUUGUGCUCAUCGUGACUGCCGUCGCCCUGGGCAGUCUCAGUCUUCCGGCCGCCUUCGCAUCACUGGGCAUGAUCCUCGGCGUCAUCAUUUCUGUCAGCAUGGGUCUUUUGGCCAUGUACUGCAGUUAUGUCGUCGGUCAGGUCAAGGUCAAGUACCCCCACAUCGCCCACUACACCGACGCCGGCAGAAUGAUGUUUGGCAAGUGGGGGUACAUUAUCAUGACGUUCAUGUUCGUCCUGCAGCUCACCUUCACCACCGCCUCCCACGUUUUGACGGGAGCUAUCAUGUUUGGCAACCUGACCGACAAUGGCGCCUGCACCGUCGUCUUUGCCGUCGUCUCGGGCAUUCUCCUGUUCCUCCUGGCCAUCCCGCCCACCUUCUCCGAAAUGGCCCUUCUCGGAUACGUCGAUUUCGUCUCCAUCAUUGGUGCCAUCGGUCUGGUCUGCCUACCCCAAGGAGGGCUUGACGCUGCACGAGGGCUUCAUUGCGGUCACCAACAUUGUGUUCGCAUACAGCUACUCACUUUGCCAGUUCAGCUUCAUGGACGAGAUGCACACUCCAGCCGACUAUCCCCGCGCCAUCUUCUCUCUCGGCAUCUUCGAGAUCUUCCUCUACACCAUCACCGGCGCCCUCGUGUUCGCCUUUGUUGGUCACGAUGUCCAGGCCCCUGCUCUCCUCUCGGCUGGUCCCACCAUGUCCAAGGUUGCCUUUGGUGUCGCCCUGCCCGUUAUCUACAUCUCUGGCAGCAUCAACACCGUUGUCUGCGCCCGUUACAUCCAUGGCAAAUGGUUCAAGGACUCGGUUAUCCGCUACGUCAACACCCCCAUGGGUUGGAUCACCUGGAUUGGUGUCGAUGCCGCCAUCACAAUCGUCGCCUUUGUCGUUGCCGAGGCCAUUCCCUUCUUCUCGCCCCUGUUGGCCAUCUGCGCUGCCAUCUUCCUGUCUGGCUUCACAUUCUACUUCCCGGCCAUCAUGUGGUUCAUGUUCAUCAAGGAGGGCAAGUGGACGCCAUGGAACAUCAUGCUGGGUGCGCUCAACGUGGUGGCUUUCGUUGUGGGCAUGGUCAUUCUCGGGCUCGGCACCUACUCGGCUGUCAAGGACAUCACAAUCCGCUACGAGACGGGUGCCGUUGGUACUUCUUUCGGCUGCGCUCCACUCGCCUGAGCUGAGCAUUUCAACGGUGUUUGGGGGGGAAAUCGGUUUGGAGUUUUUGGCAUUUUCCUUUUACAACAUCAAACAUUUCCUUCAUAACUCAUAACUGGUAAUGUCUUCUUUGGAGUAUUCAUGAGGGUUUCAUGGCCAAAAAGGAUCGGGCAUGGGCAUGGUCAUUGGAGGGGUUUAUGGUGGGCAUUUUUCUUAGUGUUGGACUUUGGGUCGGAAGCGGCGUUUUUCUUUUUCUUCUCUUGUGGGAAGGGGGUAUUUCUUUUGUGUUAUCAAGCGUUGCUUUUGUUGCGCGCGACUGGAUACCAACGAGUUUUUAAAGUAGACGUAGGGGAGUAAUGAUACCUGAUAUGUGUCAA